AGUUUUAAAUAUUUUAAUAUCGAUAAAAAGAAUUUUUGUUACCUAAUUAAUAAUAUUAUAAUAUGAACGAAUCACAGAAAACCCAACAAGUGAGCCCAAUACUUUCAAAAAUUGUUUUUAUCUGGCGACUGGCGACAACUAUAGUGUCUAAUAGUUAUUUUUGAAAUAUUUAAAAAAAAAAACAUAUAGGUAGCUGCCAGCUGAUUAUAUACUUUGAUUAAUCUCAUGAGACAUAAUAAUUACCUAAGUUGAACUCCUUAGAAAUACUUACAGUAGCAAUUAUAGUCUAUGCGCCUACAGUAUAUUGAAUUAUUUUAGUUGGAUAAGAUGGUCAAGUUCAUAGAGUUUGAAGCAAAUGAAAUUGAAAAAAAUAUUGACACUCAAUCAGAAGAUGAAUAUAAUAUUAAAAAAAAUGAGAUUAUACUCAAAGGAAAAAUGAAAAUUAAUCAAUUGUACAACAAAAAGACAAAACUUAUGAAAAGAACAACAGCAACAAUGAUUACCACGCUAAUGACCAAUGCCAAGUUGGAAAUAUUGAAUGUCAGAGAUAAAUUCAUUAAAUCUGUGUUAGCCAACGUAAAUAAAGAACUGUUAAAAUUACGUAACCAUGAAUCGUAUUAUAGGGAAAUUCUCAAAAAAUUAAUACUACAAGCAAUGUACAAAGUUUUAGAGAAAAAAAUAAGCUUAAUACUAAUAUCAGAUGAUGUGGAAUGUGUGAACUCAAUGAUCCCUGAAUUAAAACAAAUAUAUUUGGCCGACACAGGAAUAAAUGCUGAAAUAAAUAUUGAUAAUAAUAUCAAGUUACCAACUCAAGAAAUAGGAGGUGUUAUAGUCGCAGCCAAAGGUCAAAGAUUACUUAUUGAAAACACGCUGGUGGUGAGAUUGCUCUAUCUCACUCAACAAGCUAUACCAAUAAUAUGUACUGGGCUGUUUGGGCCAAAUCCCACUAGAACUUACUUAAGAGAUAAUUACAAAAUAAGGAAUUAAUUUAUUAUUUAAUAUGUUUGAGUAAAAGUAGGAUAUAUCACAGAAAUAAGUUUUAUUUAAGUAUUAACUUGUUAGUGUAAG